GAGGCCUGACUGGGGCCUUGCUGGGCGUUGGGGUGUCAGGAGCCAGCAUGGGGGUCGGAAGCUCUGUCUACCCUAAUGGAGGAUUGCCAGUCACAGCACUAGGCCAGCCUUGUUCUUGCCAGCAGUGCAUGCUGGUCCUCAGCGUGAAGGCCAAUACAGGAGGAGGAGGAGGGAUACAGACUCUGGGAAGACGAUCUUUAACCAUGCAGCGACCCAAGAACUCAGCGCCACCCCCUUCUAAAUCGCUUAGUCCAUCGAAAUCAGCCACCCUGGGACGGGGACAGCAGCAGAACGCCAACUCCAGCUACUUUCAGACGCUGCCGCACGGCCUCGCCAUCUCCAAGAACACCGCCUCCCAGAGGGUGAACGCCCAGCUCUUUGCUCAGUCUCUCGCCGCCCUCACCGCCGGCGCCUCCUCCAUGGGGAUCUCCGUGUCUUCCAGCAGGCCGCCUCCGCCGUCGCUCCCGCCACCUCAGCCCCCCACAUCCAACCCGACCCCUCCAUCCGUUCCGCCCAAGCAUUCCUCAUCUUCAGCCAGCGACUCGGUGCCAACCGCCACCCUGAUCACCCCUGCCAGCAGCGUAACCACGCCUCCUUCUCCUGUGCCAACUCCAUCACCGGUGGUGAUGAAGCCGCAGCGGUCAGCGUCGUCCGCAGCGACAGUGUGCCACGCGCCUUUACCGCAGCGAUCAAGCUUAGCCGGCCUGAGCAGACCGGCGUUGCAGAGGAUUGCCAUGGCUCAGUCCAGAGCGCUCAUAGCUUCGGGCGUGCCCACCGUCCCGGUGAAGAACCUCAACGGAUCCAGUCCUGUUCACCCCGCACUGGCCGGGAUCACGGGAAUCCUGAUGAGUGCCGCCGCUCUGCCCGUGUGUUUGACCAGGCCUCCGAAGCUCGUGCUUCACCCUCCGCCUGUUAGCAAGAGCGACAUCAAGCCGGUGCCCGGCUUCGGCCACUGCUGCAGGAAGACCACCAAGAAACAGGCUCGCAAAGGUAAAACUCCAGAGGAGGUGGUGAAGAAGUACCUGCAAAAAGUAAAAAGUCCACCAGAGGAGGACUGCACCAUCUGCAUGGAGCCACUGGGGGGCCCGUCUGGAUACAAGGGUCCAGGGGUGGGGCCUGUGUCCAGGGCGGAGUCAGUUGGACGGCUGGCACAGUGCGGGCACCAGUACCACUUCCAGUGUCUGGUGGCCAUGUAUAAUAACGGCAACAAGGACGGCAGUCUCCAGUGUCCCACCUGUAAAACCAUCUACGGCGUGAAGACUGGAAACCAGCCGGCAGGGAAGAUGGAAUACCAUGUCAUCCCACACUCUUUACCGGGCCACCCCGACUGCAAAACCAUACGCAUCAUCUACAACAUCCCACCAGGCAUUCAGGGACCAGAGCACCCGAAUCCAGGGAAGCCCUUCACUGCCAGAGGCUUUCCCCGACACUGCUACCUCCCAGACAGCGAGAAAGGACGCAAGGUACUCAGACUGCUCCUGGUAGCGUGGGACCGCAGGUUGAUCUUCUCAGUCGGUACUUCAAGCACUACAGGAGAGUCGGACACCGUCAUCUGGAACGAGGUCCAUCAUAAGACGGAGUUCGGCUCCAACCUGACGGGCCACGGCUUCCCCGACCCCGGACACCUCGACAACGUCCUGGAAGAGCUGCGAGCUCAGGGCAUCACGGAGGACGACGCACUGAUGGAGAAGUGAGAGGGCAACGCGAGAGGAGGAGACGGAGGGUGGAAGGGAGGAUUGCGAGGAAGAGGAGGCGGCUGAACCAUGAAAAUAAUAGGAGGAGGAGGAGGAGACAGAAUCUCUCUGCCAGCAGUUAGCAGGGGGCGCAGGGGCGAUUUGGGGUAACGGGGGAUGCUGAAUUUGUUUAGUCGCAUCAACCGCAGCGAGUGGAAGUUUGAAGAAGCAGCAGCUCUAGAAAGUAGAGUGACGAGGAGGAAGAGGUGGAUUUAGGUACUAAACGACAGCGGUCAGAGUGAAUCGGUACUAAUAAUAAAAAUAAGUUUACUUUACUGGGAAAGAGUCAAAAAAAGAAGGAAAAAAAGUUAGAGCAGUUCAAUAAAAACUGGGAGAGGAAGGACAAAGAGAGGAAGACUACGGAGCAGCUCGGGGCUGUAAGGACAGAGGGAGGAGGGGCAGCAGGAAGAACGAGGGAUGGUGCACGGACGUAGCGUAGGAUAGGAGUAGAGUAACUAACUUUUCGGAGAGGAGGAGAGGCUGAGUGCUGCCUUUGUUCAAACCACCUGCUCGCCUGCGGUUGAAGUGCAGUGCUGCGGCGCCCCCUGGCGGGUUUUCUUUUGAACUACAUGUCAGUCUGCAGGCUGAGUUAUCCACUUUAUUUCCUCAUUGUUACUAUAGUCCUCCUCAUUUACAGUUAUUCCAUAUUUUACCUCUUAACCUGAUGGUUUUACACGAGCUCAGCUCUGUGUGAUCAUGUGUGAAAUGACUAAAGACCAAACCGACCCCCGCUCACCUGCCGGGCGCCUUCGGAGUCUUACUAUCGAGCCACUGUGGUACGAGUUAACCUUAGACACAGGUACCAUUUUCUUUAUUUCAUUCUUUUGUUCCUGACAGAUCAGAGUUUCACUGGAUGCAGUUUUUCUCUCUAUGAAGCGUUUCAUUAGAGCUGUGAUGAACGUCUCGGGUAGCGGUUAAAGAGGAGGGAGACACGAGCGUGAGGAUGGGAUCAGAUUGGGCAGGAGGUCUGAAGGUCAGGAGACAAAAAAGGGCUGUUGCACGCUUUUUUAAAAAGAACAAUAUCAAAUUUAUGGUGUUGUAGGGCUUCGUUAUCACUGGGCUUCUCACACUAGACCUGUUUGCAGCUGAGCAUGAAGCAGACGGGUGAGAAUUAGCACCUUCAAAAACAGGCUAAUCUGAGGGUGAAAGGUUAAUCUGUAGAUCUGCCGGUCAAACGAUGUUCCUGUGGCCCUGAGCUGCAGGUAGGGACCGAAGGGAUAAGAUUGAGGGCACAAGGAGCAGAAAUGAGACUCCUCCACAAAAGUAUCUGAGGAGCUCGUCAUGCAGAAGGAGCUCAGCUGAGAUGUUUUAGGCAGGUCCACAAAGGAAGAGGCCCUGGACGCACUCGAGAGCCUCUGAGCUGGUUCUAACGCUGUGGUGUUGGAGGAGGCUGCUGAUAGAAAACAGAUGGAAUCUCCUCAUCUCUGAAACAUCUGCAUUUAUAGUCGCCAGUCGAAUCUGAUUAAAAACUGCUUCAAAAGUUUGACCACUUAAAAGCUUUUUAGCCCACAAACAUUAAACAUAAACAUCUCUGGCUCCUCCCAUGAGAACAGAAACCACACUAGGUCUUCAUCUUUGCUGCGCCCGCCCACCACCACACAGCUUAAACUGACUUCUGAUUGGCUCUUUUGGGGGGGGGGUUCAAACGCUGUGAGAUGGGCCGGAAUAAAUGGCAUUCUGGGAAACUGUAGAAAAACAUCGCAAAUUUCAUGAUUAAAAAUUUUCUUCUUCUUCGGGAAAUGUUCUCGAUAGCUGUCAAAUAAACAGCUAGUGAAAUGUUUUCCUGAGUAUUAGCACAACCAUCCAGUUUAGGGCGGCCUCCUGAAAACAUCACCGUCAUCCGACACGACCACCGGCUUCUUCUACAGCCAUGGACGUUUGUGCUGGCCUUUAGCCACACCCACACUGUUAUCGUUUGAAAACCAAUCGUAAAUCCUUAACGGACCAAUCGGCACACAUUAGCAGCAGGAUUGAUUCAUUUGAGUAUAUCUCUUCCUAGGAUUCGUUUAAGAAAGCGUGCUCCCACCCUGUCUCGCCACUUGUCUCCACGACUGAAAACAUUUUGCCCAGUCUCUGAGUUGGGUCUCUAAAUGACCUCUUAUCUCGACGUCUGUGUACUGUGUAUGCCACAAACAUUCUCCCGUUUUAAGCUUUUAUUUUGGUGAAUACGACAAUGGUACAUCCUUCACUUCUUUAUUACAUUUUUUAAUGGUAUUUAGGUACACCUUUGCUUUUUAAUAGCAUAUUUCUUGACACUAUUAUAGAUUAAAUUGCCUUCUUUUCAUUUUUUUGGAAAA